UACCCCUCCCUUCUCUCUCUCUCUCUCUACCCCAAUUCCGCCAUUGUUGUACGCUCCGCUCCUUCUCCCCCUUUCUUCCUCUGCAAAAUUUUUAUUUUAUUUUAUUUUUUAUGUUUUUUUAAUUUUUUUUCUGGGUCAGAUUAAUAUUUCCAGAAAAUGUUUGCAUCUGACGAGAAUAGUUCCGCGCAAAUCAGACCCUCAGAUUUGCAAGGUGAGGGAAGGAGAUUUGGAGCUGAGAUGAGACCCAACAGGAGGGCGUUAAGUGUGAUUAAUCACAGUAAUCCAUACCCUCCUUGCGUUGUCAACAAAAGGGGCUUUGCAGAGACAAACGUGAUUUCUGGAAAGAACAUUGGUCCAUUGCCAGGACAACAUCGGCCCAUCACAAGGAAAUGUGCUGCACAUAAGGGUGUUUCCAAUCCAUCUCUGGAGGAGGCCAAGAAACCGAGGACAUCAUCGUUCACAGUGUGGGAAGAUGUUCCUUUGGACGAUCACGGCGCCGCCAAAGGGCAGCCGGCGCCGAUGUCGUUGGAGCAGCAAUCCGAGGUCGAAAUGGUCGACAAAAAUCAAAUGGUAUGUGCAGACUCGCCUAUUGAUCUUGCAGUCCUAACAGGGCAUCCUCCAAGUGUAAAUUUGUCUGAAAUCCGACAAUGCCGGCCGCAGGAGGUCGAAAUGGAGGACAUAUUUGAAGAAGAAGAGGCUGUCGUGGACAUAGACGCCGCCGACAAAAGCGAUCCCCUCGCAGUUGUCGACUACAUCGAGGAAUUGUAUUCUUACUACAAAAAGAUCGAGAUGUCGAGCUGUGUCUCACCGGAAUAUAUGAUGCAUCAAUUCGACAUCAACGAGCGAAUGAGAGCGAUCCUCGUUGACUGGCUGAUCGAGGUGCACCACAAAUUCGAGCUCCGGGGAGAGACAUUAUUUCUAACCAUUAAUCUGAUCGAUCGAUUCUUAGCGAAGCAGAGCGUUGUCCGAAAGAAGCUACAGCUGGUCGGGCUCGUCGCGAUGCUUCUCGCGUGCAAGUACGAGGAGGUCUCGGUCCCCGUUGUCGACGACCUUGUCUUCAUUUCGGACAAGGCGUAUACUCGGAAAGAAGUUCUCGAAAUGGAGAAGAUGAUGCUCAACGCUCUGCAGUUCAACAUGUCGGUCCCGACCCCCUACGUCUUCAUGCGACGGUUCCUAAAGGCGGCGCAAUCCGACAAAAAGUUGGAGCUUGUGGCGUUCUACCUGAUCGAGCUAAGUUUGGUCGAGUAUGAGGCCGUUAAGUACCCUCCGUCGUUGCUGGCGGCGGCGGCGGUUUACGCGGCUCAGGCGACAGUGUACGGAGUGGCGCAGUGGAGCAGGACGUGCGAGUGGCACACGGGGUACACAGCGGCCGAGCUGCAGGAGUGCACGAGGCUGAUGGUGGCGCUGCACGGGAAGGCGGCGGCGGGGAAGCUGACCGGAGUUCAUAGGAAGUACAACACGAACAAGUUCGGAUAUGCUGCAAGAUGCGAGCCUGCAGAUCAUCUUCUUCUUCUUCAUGAUGAUCUUCAGCAAUAACAACGACAAACAAUUUUAAUGGAGGAAUGUACAGACAGACAGAUCUAACUCUGUGUUACUUACUGCUGCUGAUGCUGCUGAUGAUGAUAAAAUAUCAUAACAAUAAUGGGGUGGGGUGGGGGGAGGCAGCAACUGUGUGUUGCUCUGCAUGAAUGGGCAAUGGAAUUGAUUUGGUGAAUUAAUUGUUGUCGUGAUGUUAUGAUUCUAAUUUCGAAACACUA